CUUUCAGCUUCUAUAACUGAAAACACCAAUUUCCCUCUUUCUCAACUCAAUCCUUAUACACAAAUGGCACACAAUAUUCAGACCAAAAAUUCCUGGUUACGAUAUCAUCAAGAAACUGCCAUGUACAAGCCUGUCCAACAAGAAAAACGAAGCAGCAAAUGUUUCGUAUUCGUUUUCGCAUUCUUCGUCUUCUGCUGUGCAAUUCUGUUGGUUUUUGCAUCCAUAUUGCGUGUGAGGAAUCCACAGCUCAAAUUAAGAUCAGCUACGUUGAACCAAAUCAGUUGCAUCAACAGCUCUUCCUUCAACGCGACUGUGAUCACGUACCAUCUUAGUAUCAAGAACCCAAAUUACGGUGGCUUCAGUUUUGAGAAUAGCAGAGUGAGUGUUCUGUAUGCAGGUAUCAGGGUUGGUGAAAGGAAAAUCCAUGGUGACAGGGUGAAUGGCAGAGGAAGCAGAGAAAUGAAUGUUUCUGUGAACGUGAGUUUCGCUAAGGUCCCUGUUACUGGGAAUCUUUCAAGUGAUAUUAAUUCAGGGACAUUGAAUCUCAGAAGCUAUGCUAAAUUUAGUGGUACGGUUCAUCUGCUGAAGAUGAUCAACAGGAGAAAGAUUGUAGAAAUGGCUUGUUCUAUGGAUCUAAACUUGACAUCCAAAGCAAUUCAGGGUGUUCAAUGUUGAUAACAUUUUUUAGUUUGUUACACUGCUGCUCUGACUGUUACGCUCUUCUGUUCUGUUCUUUAUCUUUUUUUUUUUGUGACUACUUGCAUAGAGCUUUACUUUGAUUGAACAGUUUUAAUUCUCUAAGUUGAUUUUCA